GUGAUGAUUUUCCAACAGGCAUGAGGAUUCUCGCUGUGGAUGAUAAUCCCACCUGCCUCAUGCUCUUGGAGUCUCUACUUCGCAAAUGCCAAUAUCAUGUCACCACAACAAACCAAGCAAUUACAGCACUGAAUCUCCUGCGAGAAAGCAAAGACAAGUUUGAUUUGGUUAUCAGUGAUGUGGAUAUGCCCGACAUGGACGGCAUUACGCUCCUUGAGCAUGUGAGGCUUGAAAUGGACAUUCCGGUCGUAAUGUUGUCAUCGUAUGAUGAUAAAGAACUUGUAAUGAAGGGGAUCAUUCAUGGAGCUUGUGAUUAUUUGUUAAAACCUGUCCGGAUUCAGGAGCUAAAAAUCAUCUGGCAACAUGUAGUAAGAAGAAAGAAGCUGGAUUUCAAAGCAUGGAGAACUUCUGACAAUGCUCACCUUAAAUCUGGUGAAUUACAAGAAGAGUUUAAGGUGACAAAGAACGUUGAUCAGAAUGUAAAAUCUAAUAAGAGAAGGAAACAUCAAGCCAAUGACGAAGAGAAAGGCCAAGGAUGUGAGGAUUUACCAACCAAGAAAAAGCGCCGUGUUGUUUGGUUACCAGAAAUUCAUCACAAAUUUGUUGCAGCAGUCAACAAACUGGGAAUUGACAAGGCUGUACCUAAAAAGAUCCUGGAGUUAAUGAACAAUGAAAAUCUUACACGAGAAAAUGUGGCCAGCCACCUCCAGAAAUAUAGGCUGUACCUGAAAAAAUCCUUUGGCUGUGCUGAUUCUGCUUAUGGACAAAAUUUUAAUGAAGUAAUUACCGAAAAUAUUAGUACCAGGCAAUCUAUGGAUUCUGGUUACAGAUCAUAUCCAGCCACCAGGGUGCCAAGUACACUGAACACUCCGCCCGGUCCAAGUUUGGGUGAUCUUUCUUCUUCAGGAAUCAUUCAAUGGGGGGAGGGAGACAGUUUGAUGAACACCAAUUAUCAUCAACCUAAUACCCACACAAGCAUGCAAACAGGGAACCAAGACCUCAAAAUGCUUCAUGAAUUAAAUAUCAGUGGAGCAAGAAACUGUGGUUUCCAUAACAAUACACUGAUGCUAGAGGAACACUUUUUUAAUGCUCCAAGGGAGGAAGAGGUUUUUGGAAAUCAGUCCUCUACUGAAAUUCCGUCCUCCUUAACUUCAGAUUUUUCAUCCAUGUUGCCAAAUUUUGGUAGAUCUAGCGACAACUGGUCUGCUGCUGUUCAUUCCCCGAGCGUUUUCCAUGAACCUGCUCCUUCAAUUUGUUUGAGCAUUCAUACAUCAGCUCAUGCGGUGAUAAAUCCACAUGAAGUUUCUCCUAUAAGCUCAUUAGUCAAUGCAUCACCAAACGUUAAGAUGUACUUGGAUUGCCCAAAAUAUCCAGCUAGUCAGGAUGCAGGGGAUAACAUGAAUCAUGACCCAGUACUAGACAGGAAUAUACUUCACCAGGAAUUUUCUGAUCAAUUCAAUUACACAUUUUGCUUGGGAGACCCUUUACUGGUUCCUCGAGAAGUCGACAUGUGUCAGAGGCAUGAAUGUCGUACAAAUGAUGAGGUUUCCAAUUCAGUGAGAGAAAGUUAUUUUGAUGAUUCCUUGGCAAACUGA